GAACGUUAGUAGAGUGAUCAAUGGCAAACGACAUCCCAAAUUAGCAAGAUGGACUCGAGCGAUAUUUUCAACUGUGCCGUCAGAGUAAAACAAGAACCAAACGAUGUGUCGUUUACUGAAAAUAAUUACGAAUUAAUUGAUAGGACACUUGAUAUUAAGAAUAUCAAAAGGCUUCAAGAAUAUGACGAAAUGGCCGAACCUCAGGAAGGCCUGAAAAUAAUUUUCGAGUGUAGAGACGUAAAGCUUGACACGGGUUUAUUAGCAGUUAGGAAAAUAGAGAAUUAUUCGCACAAUAAUUCAGAGAUUAUCGACACAAUCAAAGAAGAAGCUACAGAAGAAGUGAAAAAAGAACUAUUCCACAACAACGAAAAAGAAUUAAAUCUUAAUUUCAACUUUGAACUCAGCGAGCAAAAUGAAAAAAGACGAGUUGAACAAAAAUCAAUCUACAAACAUAGACUCAAAACAUCCAUCGAUAAUGUGAAUAGUAAUAUUUCUUGUGAUAUAUGUGGAUUGAAAUUUACAACAAAAAGUAGUCUCAAUCUCCACAACGGCGUGAAACAUAAGGGUAUAAGACAUGCAUGUAAUAAAAGAAAACAGGAGCCAAGUGAUGUGUCGCUCGGUGAUAAUGAAGAUUAUCAAACUGAAUUUCCCCAACUUAUGCAUGAAAAUCUAAUCCAAAGUAUUAAACAAGAAUAUGACGAAAUUCCUGAAUCUCAGGAAGACAUGGAAAUCGUUUUUGAAUGUAAAAACUUAAAGCCGAACCAGGAUUUAUUACUUGAGAAAAUUAACGAUUAUUCUCAAAAUAACUUGCAGAAUAUGAAUUUCAGCGUUGAUUACAAACCUGAAACUAGUAUUAUAAUAGAGACUGUAUGCAAAGUUAAAGAAGAAUUCUGUGGUGGAAAGGCAUAA